UACUGUCAGUGGCCAAAUUUAGAUGUCAUUGUCAUCACUAAAGAAGUGUACACCUUGACGCACUGCGCAAGCGCGUCCGUCACGAGACAGGUAGUUCAGUUCGCGGAAGUGCUCACACGGUGCGGUUGGCGGAAACAAGUUCCGCCAAAUUUGUGCUAAUUUCCCCGCAAAACAGGAAACAUCGCUACUAGCGGGAAUUUCGAAGAAACAGCCAUGUUGUCGGAUGUGUCCCUACGUCGGCUGGCAGGUGAGCUGGGGAAUGAGUGGCGUAGUCUGGGUAUCUUUCUGGGCCUGUCAAAGGCGCAGGUGGACCAAUGUGACAUCAACCAUCCCAGGAACAUAAAGGAAGCCAUAGUCGACAUGCUGGUCCUGUGGCAGCAGCUAACAUCAGACAGAGGCCCAGAAGCACAGGUGGCAGACUUGGUCAAGGCUUUGAGGGAAAUCAGUCGUCUGGACCUGGCUGAGAAAGUUGAGGAUGGAGACUUUAUAGAGUACACUGAUCAGGCGGCCGGAAACAGCGAACGCCCUGAUCAGGUGGCUGGAAACAGAGUAGUAGCCAGUGGCCGCAAUAAUGUCAUCAUUCAAGCAGGAAACAACGCAAAAAUCAAUGUCAACGUACCUGCACCUAUCACAGGUGCUUCAGAACCUGUGACCCCUGGUUACACCACCAGUACCCCUGGCUCUACCAGUCUUCCAGACUUGUCCAGAACACAACCACCACACCCCAUACCACGCACCAUCUCUAAGGACAACUCACAACACAGCAUGGAGGCUGUACUGAAUGACUGUAUCAGACAACUAAAGCAAAUGGGAUUUUCUGAUGAGGGGUCCUGCAGACGAGAAGUUCAAAAUCUCAUCUCAACUGGCUUAAGAACCACAGAAGACAUAGUCGAGACAUUUGUGGAAAGGAAUCAGGCACAACGUACCCCUGUAGAACAACCACAGGAGCAGUCAAUGUCAUCAGCUACCAGUAGUACAUUUGAUAGCCUUGAUGGAAGAACCACUGGAGGAAGGGGAGAAACUCCAACACAUGGUUCCCCUCCUCCUUCCACUGAUGAUGUAAGCCUGGGUUAUGUGUCUUUACAACUGCAAAGUGGUGGCAACAUACAGGACAAUGAGGCAUCGAACUGGCCUGAGACAGGACCAGCUGCAAGAGGGGAGCAAACCACUGGAAGGGAGUCUGCUGAAGAAACAGUGCCAAAAGCUCCACCUGAAGAGGCAAAUGCAAACAUCGAAGCUCAGCGGACACCAGAUCGCCAGCGUCCCACAGAAACCCAGCAGCAAGUCAACGAGCCCGGUGCUGAUGGGUAUCAGCCAGUGUAUGACAAGAAGCGGUGUCUGUACAUCUUCAGCAGGGAAGAUAUUGAGAAGAUGACCAAUAAUUUCACAUCACCAAAGAUAGCAGAUGGGGCAUUUGGACCAGUCUAUUAUCUAGAGAAGUUUCCUUAUGAAGGUCCCCUGAAAGGUCGACAAAUGGCUGUGAAGGUGAACAAUUCAGAUGAGCAAGGAAGGAAGGAGUUCAUGCAGGAGCUGGCAAUGGCUGGAUCCGGACAUCCCCAUCUCCUGCCUCUGUUUGGGAUAUGUGAAGAUGAGAGUUGCCUGUCCCUAGUCUCACCCUACAUGGCCAACAAAGACCUGAAGUCUUGGAUACAGGACAAGAGAUCACCUACAGACUGGAAAACAAGACUGGUGAUUGGUCUGGACCUGAUAAGUGCCAUCCGACACUACCACAAGAAGACCAAAGGACCGAACAAGAAGUUCCACUGUGAUGUGAAGUCAGCCAAUGUGUUCCUGGAUGCCCAGAAUCGAGCACGUCUAGGUGACCCUGGCUUAAUGAGGGAAGUUUCCAAGGAUAAAACACAUCUGACUCGAACAGGUUCAAGUGCCGACUACGGAACCACAUACUACCAGGAUCCCUUCUACAUGAAAUAUCGCAAGUACCACGAGACCAGCGAUCUUUACAGUGCAGGAAAAGUCCUUUUAGAGCUCCUUACAAGCACUACUGCCGACACUGAAGAUGAAAACAGACGUUUGCUGUUCGAAAUUUGGUUUGAAGACCUGGACUAUUUUGAUGUGGAGAGUGAUGGGACGAAGCUGUGUGAGGUGGCAGACAGGUCACCUGAGGUGGGUUGGCCUGAAUGCAAUGAAGAUGGGAGUUCUAUGACGCAACUGUUUGCAAAGCUCAUCAUUCGUUGUCUUCAAGAACGUUCCAAGAACAGAAUCAAAUUGGAGGACCUUCAACAGGAGCUACAGGUGCUUGUUCAGAGAUCAGCCGCCAUUGGGCAACAUAACACAGUAGUGCCUGAUUGGUGCAUGUGCUGUCUUUCCCGCAAGCCAUGUCCCAUCCCUAUGGCAUGUGGAUGUGCCUUGUUGUGUAGUGCCUGCAUGCAAUGCCACACUGAAGCUCUGUACUGCCCUAACCACCACAAGGAAACUACAGGCCUAGGAUACAAUACAUUUGCUAUCAUUGUUGGGCAAGUGGGAUUUGAGGAAGAUGCAGAGGGCUUCAAAGAUGUUAUCACCAAUCCCCAUAUUUGUGGAGUGAGGGAGGAGAAUGUGAAACUUCUAAAAAAUGCAACCAUCAAAGAUGUUGAAGAAGCUGUUGCAGAAGUAGCAGGAAAGAUUCAACAGGUGCAGCGAGGCCAGGAAACUUUCUUCAUCUAUUACCACAGUGGCCAUGGGCAGCAACGUGGACUGGAAUUCAAUCACACAACUGUGUGGUCCAGAAACCUGCGAAAAAUCUUCAAAGAAAGUAAGGCAACAAAGUCCCUCUACAUCCUGGAUUCCUGCAUGGCUUCAUCUGUUGAAGUCUACACCAUGAAAGGACCACAAGAGCACAGCCCCGACAGUGAGGAAACAGAGGCAAAAGAGCAAGAGGAUGCAGGUGACAACUUGGGUUGCCAAGGAUCCCCAGAGCGUGACAUAUACAUGCUUCCAGAGGGCUCCAUGCUGUGGGCAUCCAGCAGGAAAUCUGAAGCUUCGGGAAAGAAGGACAAGAAGAAAUUGAGUGUGUUUACUAAGUACCUCAUAAAGGGGCUGCGAGGUGGCAACUGUGGAACAGAUAACUGCUCUCACUGCCUGUCCUUCCAGCAUCAGGCAAAGGCAACUGGGGCAGUGAACCUGAACCUGCUCCGUGACUAUGUCUAUGACCAUGUCAAAGAUGAACUGCAAAACCAACAAAUACCAUCACUCCAGGGCCAACAGGAGAGGACAUAUUGGAUGGCAUAUGCACAGGACUGAACAAUGAGCAAAGGGCUUUUCCUUUUGACUUUCAGACAAUCACAACACUGCCAGUAAUGUCAAGUUACCAGAUAAUUUUACCUCAAAAAAAGUUUGAACCACUGGCUAAGUGUCCUUCUCUGUCCAUGCUUUCCUUGUUGUUUUUUUCAACUUAAGGCUCUUGUGACCUUUAAUAGGGUACAGUGUUGGUGUGAAGAAAGACAAUAUUGGAAUUUAUCAUCAGGAUCUGAAAACAUGUAAAAAUAGUUUAAUGCCAACAAUAGAAUUUGGAGAUCCAGCAAUGUGAUAAAACCACAAGGAAUUGAGUACAGGCGCAAGCUGCGCAAGCUGCACAAGCAAGUAGUAUUGAGGCCUUUUAGUUCUAAGCAGUAACUAACUUUUUAACCACUUUUUAAGUUUUGGAAUUUUUCUUAUUGGUCUUAAGGACUUAAUCAGAUGUGCAAAGCUCCUAUCAAUAUGUUAACAGGGAGAAACCGUUCCUGCCUCUAUUGCUUGACAAUCAUGUAUAAACUACAGCAAUUGUAUGGAGAUUGACUUUAUUCCUACUCUCUGAAAUUUGAGUAACAUCUAUAACGCUGUGUAUAUCUAUGUCAGAUCAAUGUAAACAUUAAAUUUGAGCCCAUCAAGGCAAGUACGUAACAUGCAGAAUGAAGAGUCUUAAUUGUACAAUAUUGUGAAAGUUGAUGUGGAGAAAUGCCUGUAUUAAGUGGCAGCCAUCAAUUUGUUGUGCCUCAUCACUUGGUGGAAAAAGCUAAUGAGAAGGCUGUGGCCUGGCUGCAGUACUGGCACAGAACGAUAUGAUGAUGAUCACUUGGUGGAAGCAAAUAAAAGCUUGUGUAUACUA